AUGCCUAAAUUCAUUGUUAACACAAAUAUAAGCAAGGAUAAAGUUCCAGAAUCUUUUGCAGGGGAGCUCACCCAACAAUUAUCAAAAGCAUUGGGCAAACCAGCACAGUAUUUAGCAGUACAGUUCUCUCCUGGUCAGGUGAUGUCCUUUGGUGGCUCCACAGACCCUUGUGCUAUGUGCUUUCUCUACAUUGGAAAGUUAGGGGAGCAGGAGAACAAGGUCCACUCCAAAUUGCUUUGUGACCUGAUGAGCAAACAACUGAAAACACCAUCUGACAGAAUCUAUGUCAGCUUCUCUGACAUCAGUCCUGGCAAUGUGGGCUGGAACAACAGCACCUUCCCUUGA